AUGGCCGAGAAGGCCGAUCCAAAGGGUCGGCUGGCUGUCUUUGGGGAGGUGGAGAGGAGGCAGGAUUUCAUCAAGGAUAUGCGAUUGAGGGUUUUGAGCGUAAGGGAUGAGGUGCGGCAGUAUUUGGCGCUGUUGGUCAGGAUGCUUGUGCAUCGGGGUUGGAGGAUGCUGGGUAGAUGGUCAGGCCAGAGGAGGAGGAGCAGAAAUCGUUACAAAUGUAUGAACGCGGGUUUCUAA